AUGCCGCCUUACGCUUCUAUCCCCAUCUCCGCCGAUGAUCAGAUUCUCAUUAACAUUCCGGGUUCAACGACGACGACUCUGCAUGAGGAGACCUUGACCCCACAAUCGGUCGUCAACAUCGAGCUGCAGCGCGUAGUGCAGAUUAACAACAUCGCCGAUAUUGUGAAGAAGAGGAAUCUGCGAGAACUCAAUGAUUUUGGAGGUGUUAGAGGAGUGGCAGAAGCAUUAAGCACAGAUCUGGACAAAGGAAUAAUAAUCUCAAACCCUAAAAAAACCUGCACCCAAUUCAACCCUAAUACCCAACUUCUCCUCACUUUCUUCCAUUCUUUUCUAGAAGCUUGGAACAACUACACCAUCUUUCUUCUCUCCUUCACUGCGAUUUUGUCUCUAGGGUUCGGAAUCAAGGAGGAAGGCUCGUGCAUCGGCUGGCUCAACGGCGCGCUCAUAAUUCUCACAAUCUUAUUUCUUGUCACGUGUACUGCCGUACACAAGUGCUGGGAAGAGAGGUCACGUAAAAAAUUGGAGAACAAUUUUUUACGUGAGAUUUGUAAUAAGGUGCAAGUACUUAGAGGUGGGGAAGUUGAGUCUAUUAAGGAAACCGACCUCGAAGUUGGCGACAUAGCAGUUCUGAGAAAGGGAGAUCGUGUUCUCGCCGAUGGCAUUUUCGUAGAUAGCCGAGUGUCGCUCGAGCUAGACAAAAACGGCUUCAUAAUCGAUGAAGAAAACCCGUUUUUGUUUUACGGCAGUAGAGUGAUCAACGGAGAUGCUCGGAUGCUGGUCACAUCCACAGGCAUGGACACGUUGUGGGGUGAGACAAUGAAGAACCAGCUGCUAGGGUUGGACGACAAGAGGUGUAAAUUCGAGUCUUAUAUUCAUACUUUGAAUACAUGUAUUCAUUUUGUUGCGCUUGGUAUAACCAUCCUCUUCAUCAUAGUGCUUUUCCUUCGAUACAAAUUCGGAAAGUUGGAUGACGAGAGGAGAUACAGGCCGGAGUCGAAGGGAGAGCCUGUCUCUGUGAAAACUAUAGUGGAAGCUAUGAAAGGAAUCGUUACGGGAUCUAAGCCGACGACUAGGGUUUUGACAACUUUGUUAAGUGUCUCGUUGUUGGGGGUAAUGGAAGGUAUGCCACUUGUCAUCUCGAUUGCAACAAUUAUAUGGAGCCGCAAAACACUAGCGUGCAAGGCCACUGAGAGAGAUUACCUUGCUUGCAUUAGGAUGGCCAGUGUCACUACCGUAAUUUGCGCCGACAAAUUCGGAGGGCUGACGGAGCACGAUUGUAAAGAGGUCGAAAUCGACAAGUUUUAUGUUGGUGAAGGAUUUGUGUGUGAAAGCUCGGUUGUAGCAUCCAAUGUUCUCGAUGGUUUAUGUGAUGGAAUCGGUACGGUUUUUCUGACACACGGAGAUGAUUAUUGCGGGUCGGAAUUAGGGGAGAUGGUGUCGUGGGCCGAGGCGAAAUUGGGCAUGAAGAGAGAAUCUGUGAUUGAACAAUGCAAACUGAUAAGCUAUUGCAGUGUGAACAUUGAUCCCUUGCAACAACUUUGCCAAGUAGUAAUAAUGGAGAAAAUUAGUAAUGGGAGAUACUUACAUUGUAAAGGACCACCGGGAUAUAUACUGUCGUUGUGUUCACACCAGUACGAUGCUGACGGGAGAGUGCAGGAAAUAGACGAACCAAAACGGAGAACCCUCGAACAAGCCAUUCAACAUAUGCAAUCUGAUGAUCAAGUGAAUAUUGCAUUUGCUUGUAAGCGUGUGACGACGGAUUUCAAUCAUGAGUCCUCAGCACCAGUUGAAUCGAAAGACUUGAUCUUCUUAGCAAUGAUUAGACAGAGAGAAACAAGAACCGACGAUACGAAGCGAGCAAUCACAUGUUUGAAGGAACACGGAAUUAAGACAGUUCUUGCCACAGGAGAUCAUGUCGAUGUACUUGUAACCAUUGCCCGAAACUGCGGGCUGUUAACUACCGACUCGGACGAAGAUUUAUCAAUUAGUAUUACAGCCGAAGAAUUCCGCGCAUGGAGUGAUGAACAGAAAAUGGAGCAGGCAGACAAGAUUUGUGUAAUGGGAAACUGUCUCCCAUCCGACAAGAUCCUUCUCAUCGACUUCUUGCAAAAGAAACGGCAUGCGGUGGCGCUUCUAGCACAGCGAACAACCGACGCGCCUGCACUGAGAAAAGCUGACGUGGGCAUCACUUUCGGAUCUUGGAGCUCCGAGUUGGCAAGAGGGUGCUCCGACAUCACCAUCUGGGAUGGUAAUAACCUCUUCACCUUUCUGCUAAACGUCGUCGUAGGCGGGGUCCAUUUUCAAGAAAACAUCAGAAAAUCCAUCCAGCUCCAGCUUAUCGUCACGAUCUCAAGCACGCUGAUCAACUUCACUGCAGUCGUGAUCCUCGGAGAUUCCGCCGUAACAACCGUCCAGCUUCUCUGGCUGAAUCUGGUCGUCGCACUCGCGGGACUGGCGCUAAUGCUGACUGGGCCGCCGGAGGUGACGUCAUCGUCAGGAAAGCUGAUGACGAAGGCCAUGUGGAGAAACAUAGGCGUUCAAGCUGCGUACCAGACGAUAGUGUUCGUGGGGAUUCAGCACAGAGGGCAGGACAUGCUGGGAACGAGUGGGGGGCGAGUCAAAUCGGUGAUAUACAACGGGUUGUACCUGUGCCAGAUGUUCAACAAAUUCGUAGCUAGAGAGAUCGAAAGGAAGAAUUUCUUGAGUGGUUUAUUUGAGAAGAAGAAUGUUUGGUUUUGGGUGGGUUUGGUUGGGUUCUUGCUGAGUCAGGUAGUGUUUGCGGCGGCGGAGCAGGUUAUCGGGGGCACUCCGGGGUUGAGUUUUCAGCUAUGGGGUUUCUGCUUCCUAAUCGGCGUCGUUUCGUGGGUGCUGGAUUGGAUUGGGAAAACUGUCUCUAAUCUCGUUGCUGGUUUAUUUUGGGAAAUAUAA